AACUUUUACAAAUUAAUUUUAUAAAUUUAAAUAAAUAAAAAACAAAUAAAAAACAAAUAAAAAUGGCUGGUCUUGGUGUUGCAAUUCCUUUAAUGAUGGCAGGUCUCUACACUCUCUCAUCUGCUAUAGUCGCAGCUAAUGGUCUUACAUUGGUUCAAGUUAUUGGUAAUAAAGAUGAUAAACAUCACAUUGUUUAUUCUGAGAAACCAGAUGUACCAAAAGGUGGUUGUAGAAUUGUUAUUGUAAACCAGGGUAAAAGUUGGAAUAGAGCUGUUAGAAUUUACCAAGAUAAAGAUGUUGAACAAUGGACCGAAGUUAAAUGCGGUGAUUCCACCGGUAAAAUUGCACGUACUAACCCUGCAAUAAAAUUUGAUAAUAAAAGAGCAGAUUUCAAGGCAGGAAAAACAAUGUACUUGGCUAUUAUGAAACCAGCAGCAUUUGGUAUUUGGAUCACUGAAGGUGGUAUUUUAAUCCCAGAAGAUAAACUUCAUGAAUUCGAUGGAAAAACAAUUUAUGUUUACUUUGAUGAUGCUGGUGAUAAAUUCUUUGAAAAGGCUGAAAAUAGAUUAUUUAUGAACAAAUUAACAUAAAUACUCUGAAAGAGAAAAUCCAAUUGUUUUAUUAAAUUUUUAUAAAUAAAAAAACUUUUCAUUC